AUGUUCGAUGGAAAGUCCCCGUCCGCCCAUCCUGUCGACGAGUCUUUACUUCCUUUGCCUUCACAAGCGUCAUUUCCGCACCCAGGCGUCCGUCGGAAACGCUAUGCGCGAUUGGCUCUAGCCUUGCUCGUGUGCUUGGUUUUUCUGACGUAUAGGCAUUCCUCUAAGUCCCCGUCAUCUUUCUUCGGGAAGAAACGAAACCCGGCCUACCUUAUUCAUGCUCGCGGCGGUGCUGUCGCAACUGAGAACAAGAGGUGUUCCGACAUUGGUGUGGAUGUGUUGAAAGAUGGAGGAAAUGCUGUUGACGCGGCGGUUGCGGCUACCUUUUGCAUUGGAGUUGUGAAUAUGUUCUCUUCAGGUAUUGGAGGAGGAGGUUUCAUGACUGUUCGCCUCCCUCCAACCAAUGACAGCACGAGCUCCGAAAUAUAUACCAUAGACUUUAGAGAAGUUGCCCCGGCACUGGCGAAUACUACGAUGUACGCCUCAAAUCCGAGGUCUUCCAUGUACGGUGGACUAUCUGUUGGUGUACCAGGAGAGGUUCGUGGCCUUGCGGAAGCGCAUGGCCGUUGGGGAGCAUUGCAUUGGAAGCGACUGGUAGAGCCGAGUAUACGCUUGGCCGCUGGCUGGCAAGUCGACAGGGAAUUAGGCAAUCGGAUACCGUGGUUCACGGAACUGAUGCUGAACGACCCCGAUUGGAACGUAAUUUUCGCCCCGAAUGGUCGUUUGCUCAGGGAAGGGGAGCUUAUUCGACGGACUAACCUUUCGCGGACCCUAUCUAUCAUUGCUGAAGGAGGCGCCGACGCGUUUUAUAAGGGUCCUAUCGCGGAUUCCAUUGUACGCAAAGUUCGGUCAACAGGUGGCAUUCUCUCCCACGCAGAUUUAGAGAAUUACUCUGUAAAAGUAGAAAGGGCCUUAGAGGGCACCUAUCGGGGGAAGAAGGUAUAUACGACACAUGCACCUACUUCUGGUCCCGUCUUGCUCCACAUGCUCAACCUAAUUGAACUAUAUGAUAUGGCCGAAAGGGAUGCCCUCAACGUGCACAGGCUUGUUGAAAUCAUGAAGUUCGGCUUUGCUGCGCGAACGAAAGUUUGCGACCCGGCUUUCGUAAAAUCUACCAAACAGAUUGACGAAAUCGCAACAAAGGACUUCGCGCAGACAAUUCUUCCUAACAUAACGGAUGAUCGGACACAUCCCCCCGAAUACUACAAUCCCGUAUUUGACAUCAAAGUUGACCAUGGAACUAGCCAUUCUUCCGUCGUUGACAAAGACGGAAUGGCAGUAGCCCUCACGUCGACUGUUAAUCUCAUCUUUGGCUCCCAGGUUCUAGAUCCGGAUACGGGGAUCCUCUUAAACGAUGAAAUGGACGAUUUCUCCACUCCUGGCUUCCCGAACGCGUUCGGAUUGUGGCCUUCACCAUACAACUACCCUGAGCCUGGCAAACGACCACUAUCAUCCACCUCUCCUACAAUUAUUGAGCACGAAGAUGGCUCAUUUUACUUGUCCGUUGGAGGGUCUGGUGGCUCGCGUAUCUUUCCUGCGGUUUUCCAGGUCCUUUUGAAUCUUGGCUGGGGCCUGGAUGUGAGCGCAGCCAUAGAAUACGGCCGCCUGCACGAUCAGCUCUAUCCUGCCAGGGUGGAUGCAGACGAUGUCUAUCCUAUGGACAUUCUUCGCGGUUUGGAAGACAGGGGGCAUAAUGUGACGGUGCUUGAUGUUAAUCGCGUUGCGGCUGUGAUUCAGGCAGUGAUGAAAGAGGGCGACCUUAUAUCCGCCGCAAGCGACUCGCGGAAGAACGGGAUAGCUGCUGGGUACUGA